UAGUGCCUCUCCUACAAAUGAAAUAUUUCAAGCAAUCAUCACUUCCUAAUUACAACGAUUUUUUCAUUUGUCUUCUUCUCCUCAAAUGUCUAAAAUGGUUGCCUGUGUUAACAUAACAAUAACAACGAUAUUGCUGGUCCUAAACUUCAUAACAUUAGUUCAUGCUGCUCCAAAAGUGCCUUGCUAUUUCAUUUUUGGCGAUUCGUUACUUGAUAAUGGCAAUAAUAACAACCUAAAUACAACAGCAAAGGCUAAUUAUCCACCUUAUGGGAUUGAUUUCCCCAAUGGUCCUACUGGACGAUUCACUAAUGGCCGGAAUAUGGCAGAUAUCCUAGCGGAAUUGCUAGGUUUUGAUCACUACAUUCCACCUUUUGCAAGUGCGAGUGGUGGGAACAUCUUGCAAGGUGUGAAUUAUGCCUCUGGUUCGGCAGGAAUUCGUAACGAGACAGGAAGCCAUCUUGGCAAUCGGAUUAGUUUGGAUUACCAACUUCAAAAUCAUCAAGUUACAAUUUCACACCUUGUGGAUUUAAUAGGAAAUAAAGAUUCAGCCAACUUGCACUUGAACAAAUGCUUGUACAUUGUCGGAAUAGGCAGCAAUGACUACAUCAACAACUACCUUAUGCCGAAAUAUUACCCAACAAAUCAUUUGUACACACCAAGUCAAUAUGCAUCAAUGUUGAUAGAACAAUAUGCCCAACAACUAAAGACUCUAUAUGAAGAUGGAGCGAGGAAAAUUGCCCUGUUUGGGUUACCCCGAAUAGGUUGCAUUCCACAAGAGUUACAAAAACACAAUACAACAACGUGUGUGAAUUCGACCAAUGAAGCAAUUCAACUAUUCAACGAGAAGCUGAAAUCUCUUGUAGAUGAGCUGAAUACCAACUUUACAAAGGCAAAAUUCACGUAUAUAAACAUGUAUAGCAUUUCGUCAAUUAUGGGUACUCUGAGUUUUUUGAAUAAACCAUGCUGCAAUAUUUCGAAAACAACUGCUGGAGGUCAAUGUGUUCCUGAAAAAACUCCAUGCCUCCUUAGGGCAGUACAUGUGUUCUGGGAUAAUUUUCAUCCCACAGAAAAUGCAAAUAUAAUUGCUAUUAUGAGAGCAUACGAUGCUUUUCUACCUUCAGAUACUUAUCCUAUGGAUAUUAGUCACUUGAUCACUAGUGUCAGCAGCUUAUAAAGUGGAAAAGAGCACUAAAGUGUAUCUUUAGGCCAGAUAGGUUUGAAGUUCUUAGUUUACAGUUUAGUACUCCCCUGUAUUUCCUAAGCAUUUCAUUUGUGUCCUUAUUUUUUAGAUACUAUUAAAGGUUGUUAUAUAUCCUUAUCAACUAGUUUGUUACUUUCUCCGUCCCAA